AUGGAGGAAUGCCGUUGCAUAGAAUUUGAAAAGAGGUUGAGAACUAAGAUCUUGUUCAAGGUUGCCAGGAAUAUGAUCCAGAACUAUGAUUGUCUUGUGGAGGCAGCGACACAUGUGGAGAUCAUAGAACAAGUCGAAGAGGAAAGAAUUCGGGGUUCAACGUCUAGGGGUCACAAGUCACAGGGAGACUAUAGACCUAACAAGAAGAUAAACCUGUUAAAUCUGCCAAGUAUAUUCCCAUUAGCUUUUGCUAUUGUUGACUCUGAAACAACUGCAAAUUGGACUUGGUUUUUACAGCAACUGACAAAGGUUGUUAGUAGUGCUCGCACAUUAACUUUCGUAUCCAACUGUAAUAUUGGGCUGCUUGCAUUCUUGCCUGCUGUAUUCCCAUCUGCACACCAUGCGUACUACUUACAACAUCUCCAAGCAAAUUUGAGGGACAAAUUACGAUGGGUUGACAACCGUGGGCAAACGAUAUGGGGAGAUGACCUCGAACUCUGCAGAAUCGUUAAUAAAUUGAUACUUGAUGUCCGUAACUACCCAAUCACAAGUUUGGUUGAUACAAUCAGAAAUCAAAUAAUGACUAUGAGGGUUGAGCGUAAAGUUUUGGCUACUAAUUGGAAUGGGUUACUUUGUCCAAAAAUGAAGAGCCGUGUUAGGGAGGCAUACUCUAAUGGUUGCACAUGGAUUGUUAGCCAGUCAAAUGAAGACAUAUAUGAGGUCUAUUCAUUUCCAACGGUGUUGAGUAGUGGAAGGGAUUUCAAUACAUUUGUUGAAAAAAUUUUCAUUGUCGAUCAGUAUAGAGUUGCUUAUUCUGGAUACAUUCAGCCAAUACCAAUAGUUGACAAACCCUCCUUCUCGGAAGACGACUUCAUCAUAUAUCCACCGGCAGUUAAACGUCCUCCAGGGCGACCCAAGAAGAAUUGA